ACCUACCCAAGGUUAUGCCGGCAGCGUCAUCACGGUCACUCCGGUUACAAAAAAUCCCGGUACAAUUAAAACCAAUAAUUUAUUGCCACGUCAUAAAUGUACUUAUAGUGUAUCGCCACGUGUCCCCUUCUGAAAUAACUCCCUCACCGACGCCGUCAGUUCCCGCUCUCCCUGUUUUUUCCGUCAACCAAAAUUAAACUCUUCAUUUUUUCUUUCUUUACAGAAAUUAUGCCAUUUUCGCCGGUCAACCCCAAACCCUAACCCUAACCCUUUAUCUCUUUCUCUCUCUCCGGGAUCGUACCUUUGCGUUCCAGAUCGCGGCAUAUCUCCGGCCCAUGACGGUACCGGACCGAUUCGCAUGUGCCGGUGAACCAACAUCACGUUAUUUCCAUCUAAUUGCCAGAUCGGUGCGCAACAUUUUCGGAUCGGUGAUUUUUUGUACGAAAUUGGACCUGAUUCCAUGAAGGAAGACGACGAGAUUCAGUCCUAUCCGUCGCCGGGAAGUGGAUCUCCUGCUUCGCCGAUCUCUAACGGUCGGAUUACCGUGACGGUUGCGGCGGUGGCGCCUCCUCCUCCUCCGCCUUCUUCUCAGAACAUGAUAACCUUGGCACUGCCGAAUCAGCAGACCAAAGGUGGCGGCGGAGGAAGCGGCGGAGGCGGAAGGGAGGAUUGUUGGAGCGAAGGCGCGACGUCUGUGUUGAUCGAUGCUUGGGGAGAGAGGUAUUUGGAACUGAGUAGAGGGAAUUUGAAGCAGAAGCAUUGGAAAGAAGUUGCUGAUAUUGUGAGUAGUAGAGAGGAUUAUACGAAGAUACCGAGGACUGAUAUUCAGUGCAAGAAUCGGAUUGAUACGGUCAAGAAGAAGUAUAAGACUGAGAAAGCUAAGAUUACUGCUGGAGGAGGCCCCAGUAAGUGGCCAUUUUAUGAUAGAUUAGAUCAAUUAAUCGGUCCGACUUCGAAGAAUGUUGCUUCUACCGCGGGUGUAGCCACCACUGUUAAUCCACCUCUACAUCAGAACCAGAAAGUUCCUGUAGGAAUUCCUGUAGUGAAUCGAUCUUUAAUUCCCUUCCAAGCUCAUCAUAAUCAUGGUCAUCAACAGCAAUCAAAGGGGACAAAAGCUCAAAAGAUCCAAUACCACAAGCGGCCUCGAACGACUGAUUCCGAUUCCUCAGGCUCCGACAGAGAAACAUCCCCAACUUCAAGUGAUAGUUAUCUGCAAGGGAAAUUCCGGAGGAAAAAUGUUAGGGUUCAGAAGGAGGCGGUGAAUCCGAAUUUGGGGAAGACAGAGAAGGGAAAGAAUGGAUCGAGAGAAAAGGGAUGGGGAAAUGCUGUGAGUGAAUUAGCACAAGCAAUUUUAAAAUUUGGUGAAGCGUAUGAACAAGCAGAGAGCUCAAAGCUACAGCAAGUGGUAGAAAUGGAGAAGCAAAGGAUGAAAUUUGCCAAGGAUCUUGAAUUGCAAAGAAUGCAGUUCUUCAUGAAGACCCAAUUGGAGAUCUCGCAGCUUAAACAUGGAAGAAGAGUUGUUGCUGCUGGUAAUCAUCAUUGUAGCAACAACAACAACAGUAACAGCGAUAGCAGCAACUAGAUGAUGAGAUGCAGAAUUAGGUAACUAUUUUUCUCAUCUUUGCAAAUGUUAAUCUGUAUUAGUUUUACUCUUUAUCUGUAUCCUAAUUUAUCAUUCUCUCUUAUAAAUUAACUUGAUCAACAUGUUCAAAGCCUAGUAGUGAUUUGUCAGUGAGUCUGUUUUUACCCAUUAGAAUUCAUCAUCAUCUACUCUUUAGUUUUCUUCAUAUUGGAAGAAGAAGGGGAAAUAUUUUUCUCUAUGUAAAACACUGUUAAUUAGAGGAAAACGAUGAAGUUAAAUCCAUUUGGAAUGAAUGACUGUUCUUUCCUA